AUGUCGGAGCUCUUGAAGCAUCCAAGAGUGAUGAAAAAGCUCCAGGAAGAACUAGAUCAUGUCGUAGAACGAGAUCGAAUGGUGGAAGAGACAGAUCUGACAAAUUUGAAAUACCUAGAAAUGGUGACCAAGGAAAGCCUCAAGCUCCAUCUAGUUGCUCUGUUGCUGGUUCCUAGAGAAUCCAUGAAGGACAUUGACGUCGUGCUUGGUGAUGAUCGUUAUUUCAUUCCAAAGAAAUCACGAAUCAUCGUGAAUAGUUGGGUGUUGGGGCAAGAUCCAAAGGCUUGGUUGGAGAACUUAGAGGAGUUCUUGCCAGAGAGAUUUAUCGACCAUAAGGUGGACCUCCGAGGGCACCAUUUUGAGCUAUUGCCAUUUGGAUCGAGUCGUCAGAUUUGUCCCGGAAUAUGCUCGGGGCUAACGAACAUUUGGCUAGUGGUGGCUCAGCUAGUGCAUUGCUUUGAUUGGGCACUUCCUAAUGGAAUCUUGCCUGAGGAGUUGGAUAUGAGCAAGAAGUUUUGCUUGACGUUGUCAAGAGUCGAACAUUUGGUUGUAAUUCCAUCAUAUCGCCUGAGUACUUGA